UCCCCCGCCCCCUCCCUCCGCCUCCUCCUAUCUUGCCUGCAGCCGAGCGUCCCCUUCCCCCACUGUCGGGUUUCUCCGCGGCUACUGCAGAGGAUUCAGAUCCGAGUAGCUGAGGAGAAGGAGGAGGAGGCUCCCGUCCCUGCGCGCCAUCCACCUCCCUACUGGACACGGACGAGGGAACGAGAGCGUCGCCGCUGUAGCCUCCAGAGAAGACAAGGGCAUCGCCGCUUCAGCUGCCGCCGCCGCAGUUUUCGUCUGCAGCAGCUCGCCGGAUCCUCAGUCUUCCACAAUGAACCCCGUUUACAGCCCCGUGCAACCUGGGGCUCCUUAUGGCAACCCUAAGAACAUGGCCUACACUGGUUACCCCACAGCGUACCCGGCAGCUGCUCCUGCCUACAAUCCCAGCCUAUACCCGACCAACAGCCCCAGUUAUGCUCCAGAGUUUCAGUUCCUGCAUUCAGCUUAUGCCACUCUGCUGAUGAAGCAAGCCUGGCCACAGAACUCAUCGUCCUGUGGCUCCGAAGGCACCUUCCACCUCCCAGUGGACACCGGGACCGAGAACCGAGCUUACCAAGCAUCCUCUGCGGCUUUCAGAUAUACUGCAGGGACACCAUACAAGGUCCCACCGACCCAGAGUAAUACUGCUCCACCCCCCUACUCCCCAUCACCCAACCCCUAUCAGACGGCCAUGUAUCCAAUCAGAAGUGCCUAUCCCCAGCAGAAUCUGUAUGCCCAGGGAGCCUACUACACACAGCCUGUGUAUGCCGCCCAGCCCCACGUCAUCCACCACACCACAGUUGUCCAGCCCAACAGCAUUCCCUCUGCCAUCUACCCAGCUCCUGUUGCUGCCCCCAGGACCAAUGGUGUGGCAAUGGGCAUGGUGGCAGGCACCACCAUGGCAAUGUCAGCAGGUACCCUGCUGACCACACCCCAGCACACUGCAAUUGGGGCACACCCUGUGUCCAUGCCCACAUACAGGGCCCAAGGAACCCCUGCGUACAGCUACGUGCCCCCGCACUGGUAAAGCCUGCAGCCCAUCCAAAUCUGGAGUCACAUUGUAUGCAACUACUCGAGUCUUACCGGUGCUGAGCAGUCCCCUAGCAGCACCACCUCUAUUGCAAGAAGAGACAACGGAAGUGCAAGGGUCACUUUAUGCAUCUUUAAUGGUUUUGAUUUUUAUUUUUGGUUUUUGUAAAAGCUGCUUUUUCUAAUCUCCUAGGAGCCUCCCCUUGUGCCUCCCUCUUAGCCACUGCCCUUCUGCUGUAUCCCUUCUUCCUGCCUAAGCAGGCCCAGUGCUCUCUGCACUUCCUCCUGUCCCUAAGCAUCCUGUCCCUGGGAUCCCAGGCUAGUAGCAAGCAGAGAGUGAGGUUUAUUGUGAUGGUUCAUCAUUCCUUUGGAGAGCAGAACAGGUGUGGCCCUCCGUGUAUAGUAGGAACUUGGAGCUGUCGAGAAGGCCACAUCUCUGUCAGAUUGUCAUUUUCUGAAGCAAGAUUAGUUCAAAAACAAAGACAUAUCUUCUAAGAACCAUCACAACAGACCAAGAACAAACCCACCUGGUUUUUAGGAAUGUUAGCAGCUUCAUGUUCCCAGGCUCAGAACCUGGGAAAGCAGAGAACUUGGGGAGGAGUGGAGAGAGGGAGGGAGGUGCCAGGGAGGUGGCGAUGGGGCAGGAGAGUGCUCAGUUCAGUCUGGAAGGCCUCUGGCCACAUUGCUGGGCCUGGACCUUCUGAUUUGCACAGUGAUGUUAACUGACCUGGCACUUCCUUCAGAGAUGCUUUGACCCCAGACCUGCCAAACAGCUGCCUGGUGGUGGGAUCCCAGCAUCCGGAGGCUUUUGAAGGCCAGGUGUAUGUAUAAUCCCACACUCAGCCUGAGCCUCGGGACCUACUCUGAGGAGCUUCCUCCUGAUGAGAGUAGGAACUGGUGGCAUUUCUCUCCCUUGCCCUUCUGCCCUUCCCAGUGCUGGGGCGCACAUGUCUGUCUGUGGGGCUGGCAGGCAGACCAGGCUCUUGGUUACCUUGUGCCAUGUCACGGCCAAAGUGAAGGAACCACAUUCCAGGUGGGAGCUGGCAAUUCUGAAGGUCAGGAUAGUGAAGGAAAACAAUAGCAAUAAUCAUUUCAUACUCAUGGAACUGAAGGGACAUUAGCAUCCACCAUCUCACCCAUUCCCCUAUCUGACAGAUGAGGAAACUGAGGCUCAGAGAAGCAGAAAGGACUUCUCUGAACCUCACUGUAAAUUAGCAUUAAAUGCAGCCUUUCUACUACUGGCAUUUUACCUAUAAAAAUUUUGCUAGGGAUGGAUUGGCUUGACUUUGUAAAAAUUAAGUCAGCAGUGCCCACACCUGGUGAGCUCUGGGAUGACCUCUGGGCUUGUUUCUGCUAUUUUCCCUCACGGACUCCAAAGGUGGGGACUGAAGACUUAGUCAGAGGCCACAUAGGGCAGACGGCAGAAAUAGAAAUUACAUUUGGAACCCUAUGAAGACAUCCGGAAUGCUCAUCCUGAACCUGACUCCACUCCAGGACAAGGAGUAGUGGUCUGGCUGGAGGAGAGGCUAUGUAUGCACUUAGGACAGUAGCUCCUUAUCCCAAGAAGAGAGAAAGAAUGGGGACCCCCAAGAGAGGUGGACAUGGCUGAGGCCAAGCAGACACAGACACAUCUGGGAGAAGAGGAGGUACCCACCCCAGGACAAGGAAGUUCUUCCUAGUCUCAGACAGGAAAUGGACUGGCCAACCACCCUCCUGUGCCCAGCUAGCAGUGCCGAUAUCCUCAUUGGGUGGAACAGGAAUAUCUUAUUGUGUAAAAUUGGAUCACUGGUAAUAUUUCAGACUUGAAUUAUUUUCAUUUUAAAUUCAUUUUAAACUUGGACAUCACCUUCCUAUUUCCCAAGUUCCCCUAAAGGGGG